CGAGCAGCAGUGUGGGGUGAGCGAGCUCAGUAUGACCGUGAGUCAGAACCGUGGUUCCCCUAGAGCCCGCCCCCUCUUGGCAGGCCGGCCAGGGUGAGGUGGGGUGGGCACUGCCCUGUGCCCCUCAGCUCCCAGGGGCAGGGCCUCCCUCCUGGCUGCCUCCUUGAGCCACGGCUGUGGAGGCCGUGGCUGUGGGCUGGGCUGUCCGCGUCUUGCCCUUCUUCCCCUGGUAGGGCUCGCUCUGCGUCCUGGGGGCCAGCAGACCCCUCUCGAGGGCCUGCGGGUGGCCCCGCGGGCCUCCGCCUCCCCCUCCCCACCGGCUGGGUGGGGGUGGGAAGGGGGCGGGUGCAGCUGGCUGAGCCCGAUGAUUUCCUGCCCUCGCCCGGGCUCACCACAGCUUCCUGCCACAGGCGGGCAGGCGCUGAGGAGAAGCAGGCGCCUAGCCGAGCGGCAGAUGGAGGCGGUCGUCCUGAUCCCCUACGUGCUGGGCCUCCUGCUGCUGCCGCUGCUGGCGGUGGUGCUGUGCGUGCGGUGCCGAGAGCUGCCAGGCUCCUAUGACAAUACGGCCUCUGACAGCUUGGCCCCAAGUAGCAUCGUGAUCAAACGCCCUCCCACACUCGCCACCUGGACACCAGCCACCUCCUAUCCUCCUGUUACCUCCUACCCACCCUUGAGCCAGCCGGACCUGCUUCCCAUCCCGAGGUCCCCACAGCCCCCUGGGGGCUCCCACCGCAUGCCAUCUUCCCGGCAGGACUCAGAUGGUGCCAACAGUGUGGCGAGCUACGAGAACGAGGGUGCGUCUGGGGCCCCAGGUGCCCUGGUUGCAGGGAGGCUGGGGCCUGGGCUGGGCCCUGCUGAUCGCUGUGUCGUUACCUCAGAGCCCGCCUGUGAGGACGACGAUGAAGAUGAGGAGGAGGAUUAUCCCAACGAGGGCUACUUGGAGGUGCUUCCUGACAGCACGCCAGCAACAGGCACUGCUGUCCCACCGGCUCCCGCGCCCAGCAACCCCGGCCUCCGAGACAGCGCCUUCUCCAUGGAGUCGGGGGAGGAUUACGUGAACGUCCCCGAGAGCGAGGAGAGUGCAGACGUGUCUCUGGAUGGGAGCCGGGAGUACGUGAAUGUGUCCCAGGAGCUGCCACCCGUGGCUAGGAGCGAGCCUGCCAUCCUGAGCUCCCGGAACGACGACGAGGAAGAGGGAGCUCCAGAUUAUGAGAAUCUGCAGGGGCUUAACUGAGGGUCCGCGCGAGGCCAUGCCUGUCCUCGAGCCAGCCUUGCUCGGGAGUGCCGAGCUGGGCAGCUGGCAGUGGCUCUGGGGGACCCUCCUAGGCACCCCACCCUGACUGCAGCCUGAGAACAGCCUGAGAAUCUCCCCCCUAACUUAUUGUCACUUUGGGGUCCAGUCUGUGUGCCCCCAACACUCUGCACCUUCUGACGCAGCCUGAGAAUGAGCUACCCUGGCCCCGGCCCCAUUCAGCGGCAGAAUAAAGGCUGGUGUGGUCUGUAGCGCUCUUGCCCUUGGGGGGCCCGUGGGGGGCAGUCCGAGUGAGGGUGGGCUUGCCUGGGCGCCCGUGUGGGAGCUGUGUGCACGCACGUGUGUGUGUGUGUGUGUGUGUGUGUGUGUGUGUGUCUGGGGGUCUCCAUCCCCCCUGGGCCGCCGUGCUCCUGAGGGUCCUCACCAGCCGUUGGGAGUGACCAAAUGGUGCCUGGGGCAUGGCGCUUCGGCGUGAGGCAAGUCCGACCCAGACUGGGCCUCCUGGGCUUCGAGGCUUCGAUGCAUCUCCCCCAACGCGAUAGUCCACCGGACCCACGGCAGACGAUGGCUGGGAUGAUGGGAGGGCAGGGCAUGGGGAACCUUGGGUGCAGAGUGACCUUCGAGAGCAAGACUGCUUCCUGCCGGGCCUCAUUUUCUCCAUCUUUAGAGCAAGGGGGUGGACUUGACCCCAAGCAACUGAAAGGUAAUGUGCGAUGCAGCCUUUUCGGACUCGGGUGUGCAGAUGUGCUCACCGGGGGGUCUUGCUAAAAUGCAGAUUCCGAAUGAGUAGGUCUGGGAUGGGGCCCGAGAGUCUGCAUUUCAGAGAAACUACCAGAUGCUUCUGAUAGCGCUCUUCCGAGAACCAGACUUCGAGCACCUUCUGGUGGACGCCCUGGUCAUUGUGAUUGGCUCUGGUCUGGGCACGGGACGUAAUCUGGGCCACCGAGGACCAGCCCUGGGACUUGGGCCGGAAAGUGACCGGAAGGAGAAGCUCUUUUUGCUCCAUGGCAGUUGGUAAACUGGAAGAAUAUAUUCCUGGCGCUACUUGGCGAGCCUGCCCAAGAACGAAGUCCACGUGGAGGAGAGAAUGGCCUCGAGGUGGACAGGGUGUUGGAAUCUCUGGGUCCAGUCACAUCUGAAGCGAGACACCCCCCUCAGACUUCCCAGUUACAUGGGCCAAUAAAUUACCCGUUGUCUUCA